AUGGAUUACAGCCAGACUGACCUACUGUACAGCCCUGUGGCUGUUCAGCCAGCCAUGCACCAGACAUGUGAUUUACUGUCCAGACUCAAUGAGCUACAGCUGUAGUACAACCGCAUCCUGGAGCUCCAUCCUGCUCUGCUCACUAAACUCAAGUCACUAAAGAACUUGCACUUGGAGCACAGCGCUCUGAGGUUCCUUCCCACAGGACUUUUCCACAGGAUGAGUGACCUCAGUGACAACCACAUCAGCCCUCUGCGUCACUCAAUCUUCCAUGGUUCGGUGACAGUAUAUUCGCUGACGCUCUCUCAUAACCAUCUCUCCCGUUUACACUCAGACCAGUUUAGAGAGCUUAUCGGUUUAAAAGAUUUAAAACUAGACGGAAACCGUACGGGUAAACUUCCUACAAGCCUGUUCAUGAAUCUAGCAAAUCUUUCAACACUGGAUCUGGUCAACAAUCACCUCUCAGGGCUGUCUUCUGAUGACUUUGUAGGGUUAACCCACUUUAAAGAGCUCAGUUGGAACUAUCAGCUCCAUGACAUCCCUUUCAACGCCUUCCAUCUCUUCCACAACCUCCGCAGGCUUUUGCUAAGGAACAAAUGACUGGAUAGUUUACACCCUCACUUCUUUGCCCGGCUUUCGAAACUAGCAGAACUAGACCUGGAUGGAAACAAGCUGGAUGACUGGCAGCCUAAUGGCUUUCAAGGACUUACAAACCUCGAGAAAUUGAGUUUGAAGUCCAACCAGAUCAGAACAGUGGAGAGUGGGGCUUUGUAGCCUUUGAGAAAGCGUAAUGCUGUCCGUCUGUCAGGUAAUUUGUGGGACCGUACCUGUGCAAGUGUUGUCUACAAGACAAGCUAGGAGAUCUGCUUCUUCUGCUCUUCUCGGGACGGUUUCUCCAAAUGUUUAUCACCCCUUACUGAGGAUACAGCCCUCUCACACCCAGCAAUGCCUCCCUUGUCACAAGAUUACUGCACUGCAAAUGCUGCAAGCGGCUAAUCACCUUCAUUUCCUCUAGAUGCCAAUCUGCUCACAAUGUUUCUCAUAGCUGUCAGCUCAUCGUGA